CGUUCUGCCGCUAUGCAACGCCCUCGGUGCCUGCUCCUCUUCUGUCUAGGUUCCUUCAGACUAGGUUCUUUCUGAGCGACGCCUGAGCUACGCGUAUACCUCCUCACUACCACCCCUCCGAGGAUGACUUCAUACUCUACAUCUCGACGAUCCGCGGCACAGACCAUCAUGAACCCUAUCCUCUGCGCCGCGCUCACCCUCCUCGCGUUCGCGUCCUCCGCACAAGCACAGGACCCAUUGGUGUUCACAGACCCCAAGGACGACCCGUUCAACCCGCUGCGGUACAUCGCGAACAACACGCUCUCCGCGAUCGCCAUCUCUCUUGUGCUGGUUGUUGCGUUGAUACAGUCAUGGAUGAUGUUCAGGCUGGGCGGCCGCUGUAUGCUCGCGAUGUUGAUUGGAGAAUUCACGUGGGCGGUCGGAUUUGGGACGCGCUUCGGCCUGCACACGCAGCCGGAUAGUCAAGGAAUAUACAUCGCGUACUACCUGUUCAUCGUCCUCUCGCCAUGCGCGUUCAUCGCGUCCGAGUACAUGCUCCUAGGCCGCCUCGCGCGGUACCUGAAGUCGCACGAGCACCUCCUCAUCCGCCCGCAACGCAUCACCGUCGUGUUCGUUGUGUCCGACGUCAGCACGUUCCUGAUCCAGGCCGCGGGCGCGCUGCUGUCCAUCUCCAAGAACCUGAAGCUCUCGAAGACCGGCGAGCAUAUCUUCCUGGCCGGUCUUGUGCUGCAACUGGCCUCGUUCGCGGUGUUCGUCAUCGUCGCCCUGCGCUUCCUCUUCCGCAUCAAGACGAUGGACCCGCACGUGUGGACAGUCGAUGGCGUUGCGGGGAAGCCGUGGCACCGCGACUGGCGCACGCUCGCGCUCGUCCUCAUCAUCAGCUCCGUCGGCAUCCUCAUCCGGUGUGUCUACCGCGUCAUCGAGCUGUCGCAGGGCUACCGCGGCCACCUCGCGACGACGGAGGCGUUCUUCUACGGGCUCGACUCGCUGCCGCUGUUCAUCGCGGUCGCGGUCUACACGCCGUUCUGGCCCGGGCGCAUGAUUCCUGGCAUCGACAAGCUCGCGGCGCUGGAUAAGGCGCCGACGGGCGACGAGCGCAGUAGCGCAGAAGUCAAGGAUUGAUGUGCCUGUGAUUCUUGCUUGAUUUUCUCCGAAUGUUGGUUAGUGCUACGGUGGACGGAUUGGGCUCGUGUAUGGUAUAAUACGUUAGUCUAGACAGGAAUGGGCAUUCUCCUAUGCGGACACAUUCGUUCUCUGCCCAAUACAUUAUACCUACUGGUACAUGCAUACCUUGUAACCACAC